GUCUACGUCUAGUCUAAGCCCCCACAUGGUUUUAUACUGAAGUGAUCCUGUCUAGUCUGGACUCCUGUCUUCAUUUAUCCUCUAACCUAGCUCCUGAUACACAGCUACCAUGACUGCUCGCUUGCUGCUGGGGUCCCUACUGCUAGUGGCCAUUGCAAUGGCUCAAGACAGUGAUGUUAUCGAGCUGGGUGAUGAUAACUUUACAGAAAAAACUAAAGAUGUUGACAUGAUGUUGAUAGAGUUCUUUGCUCCAUGGUGUGGUCACUGCAAACGCCUGGCUCCAGAGUACGAGAAGGCGGCUACACAGCUGUUGAACAGCGACCCUCCCGUACCCAUCGCCAAAAUGGACUGUACUGAGAGGGGCAAGGCCACCUGCUCCAAGUACGGUGUGUCCGGUUACCCAACUCUCAAGAUUUUCAGGAAUGGAGAGUUUAGCUCUGAUUACCAAGGUCCACGCACGGCAGAUGGAAUCGUGUCGACCAUGUCCAAGCAGGCUGGUCCCAGUGCAGUGGAAGUGACUAGUGCUGACCAGCUCAAGGCUAAGCUGGAGAAGUAUAAUGACCACUGCAUUGUUGGUUUCUUUUCCGACGGUGGUAAUGAAGUAGCCAAGGCAUUCCACAAAGCUGCCGAUUCAGAGAGAGAAACUUUCAAGUUUGUGUUCACCGUGGAUGCUGACACAGCAGCGGAGUACGGCUACAAUGAUCAAAUUGUGAUCUUCCAGCCUGUCAAGAUGAUCACCAAGAUGGAGCCUUCUCAACUGGCUUAUGACGGAGAUGCUAAUUCUAAAGCUAUUAUAGAAUUCGUCAAGGCAAAUUUUAUGGGCCUGGCUGGUCUUCGCACUACUGACAAUGCUGUGCUCUUUGAGAAGCCUCUAGUGGUAGUUUACUUUGACAUUGACUAUGAGCGUAAUCCCAAGGGAAGCAACUACUGGAGAAACAGAGUGAUCAAAGUUGCCAAAGAGUUUCCCGAUAUCAACUUCUGUGUGUCUGAUAAGACUGCCUUCAAUAAGGAGCUCACUGACUUGGGCCAGAGCAGCGAGGCAGCUGUUGCCGCUGGUAUCUAUGACAACAGCGGAAAGUAUUCUAUGGAAACAGACUUCAGUGUUGACAACCUGCGCCAGUUUGUGGAACAGUACAAUGCUGGUGAGCUGGAGCUCUACAUCAAGUCAGAGCCAGUACCUGAGGACAACAAUGGACCUGUCACUGUUGUUGUUGGAAAGAAUUUUGAUGAGAUCGUAAACGAUGACACUAAAGAUGUUCUGAUUGAGUUCUAUGCUCCAUGGUGUGGUCACUGCAAGUCUCUGGCCCCCAUUUACGAAGAGUUGGGAGAGAAGUUGAUGGAUGAUCCCAAUAUUGUGAUAGCCAAGUGUGAUGCCACUGCUAAUGAUCUCCCUCCUUCCUACGAAGUCAGGGGAUUUCCAACGCUCUUUUGGGUACCAGCUGGAAAGAAAGACAGUCCUGUGAAGUAUGAGGGAGGUCGCGAAGUAGCUGACUUUAUCAAGUACAUCAAAGACAACGCCACCAACCCUCCCAUCAUUGCUGGAGAAAAGGACAAAAAGAAUUCCAAAAAGUCGAAGAAAGAACUAUGAACAAUACUAUAGAUUUAGGAAUCAUAACUGUUAGGAGAAAAUAAUGUUUAGAGCUUUAUGAUGAUGUGAAGUGCAAGUUAUCUAUCUUUAACUAUA